AUUUGCUGAAAAUGCGAAUAUCCUGUGUAUGGUUGCUGAGGUACCAAUAAGGAAGCAGAGAAAAUGUACGUGCAACACCCAAACGCAGUGUAAACAGUGGUCCCGUUCGUCUGGAGGAAGCCAUCUCCAGUUUUGUGAGUAAAUGGCAAACGGCAAUCACGCUCUGGCAAGUGGUUACAAUCAGCGUAGCGGACAGCUUAGCGUACAGGAGUCGAGUGUUGCCGGUACGGAGCAAACGCACUCCCGACUAUUUUCGCCCCGUCUCGGACGAACGCCUCCGGACGGAGCCCAAUGCGGAAUGACUUAGAGCAGGCAGACGGGCCACCCCUACAACAAUGGUGCAAUUUAUCGAGAGUGGCGUCGACAACCAGCUGGACAUGAACGACAUGAAUAUUGCUGAUCGUCUGCAAGCGCAUAUGGAACUUACAACAUUUUUUGGCUUAGCAUUGGGAUUUGUCGCUCUCGUGUUGGUUUUGUUCCUGUACGUCAAUAAGAUACGAUGCUUCGGAACGGCACCACCGUUCCUUCCAUUUGAUGAGCAUCUUAUAUCGGAGAAAACAUUCCAUCGAAUUCGGAACCGGUUCGCAUACGACGGCAAUAAUAGUUCCGACUCGGAGGACGAAACGUUGCGUCGGUUGAAGCUAGAACCUUGCGGCGAUGGUUACACCAGCAGCAUCUCCUGCUACCAUGCCAACGAAAACACACUCGACCACACGCCGCACUUCAACAGCUUUAAUAAAAUUCUGUCCGGUUGCAAGCAUGUGCACUCGUCGCGCGAUCCGCUGGCGAUGGCCGAAGGUGGCAAGAUCGGGAUGCCCCAUUCCAGCAACGACUGCAGCUCGGGAAGCUCCAACGAGGUGAGCUUAGAUUACAGCACGCGCCUGUCGUUGGAUGCGCACGUCAGCAACGACCGGUUAGCGACCAACGGUGGGACCUCCGCGCUGGAGGGCUGCCUCGUAGCUUCGCUAGAUUUGAAGCUCAAGAGCGAGUCGCUGCUACCGGAGCUGACGAAGGAGAGUGACGAGCGUGAUCUAGCGUCCAGGAAGAAACCGACCAAAGUGGCAACGAACAAUCGUACCGAGGUGAGUAGUGGCGGUAUCGCUUACGAUGCCGACUUACCGACCACCACCGGCGAGCGUAACAAUUUGAAAUGUAAAACGUUUGCGGAGGAAAGCGCACCGACCGCAUCGACCGUUGGCGGGUUUGAGCAGACAUCUUUAACACAGCAGGAUAGCUUGGAUGAUGUACUGAGUCUCAAUAACGAUUGUAUUUUAGUGUUUUCGCAUGAACCACUCUACGAUACCAGUGACCUUAAGUCACUCAAAUCGGACGGUGAUGCUGCUGUCACCGCCACUACUUUUGAAGGUCCCGCCUCAACCACCGGCUCCAACGGGACGCUGGAGAUAUCGCUACUGUAUGACGCACCGAUGCGCAAAAUGACCGUACAUGUGCUACAGGCCCGUGGUAUCUCCUCCCGCGGCGAUAAGGGCCAGCUGACGCAUACGCAGGUCCGCCUGCUAAUGUUGCCGGCCAAGCGCCAAAAGCACAAAACUAAAAUCCGUUCCGGCGAGAACCCACAGUUCAUGGAAAGCUUCUUGCUGCACCGUGUCAACCCGGAGGAGGUGAAUUCUAUGGGUUUGCGCAUCCGGGUGUACGGGUGCGAGAGGAUGCGCCGCGAACGGCUGAUCGGGGAAACGAUCGUCAGCUUUGCCAACAUCGAUCUAGAGCUGGAGACGAACUUGUGGCUCCCGCUGGAACCACGCACAUCUAGUUCGCAGGAUACAGCUUCCACGAGCGAUUUACUGAGCAUUGCAAGAUCGGAUAGUGCAGGAUCGACCACUUCCAUGCAGCAUGGCGGAGUGCCGGAGCUAUUACUUGGCUUAGGUUACAAUGGUAUUACCGGACGUCUUACCGUUGAGAUUGUUAAAGGAAGCCAUUUUAGAAACCAUUCUCUGCCCAAAGUCCCAGACACGUACGUUAAACUAUGUCUGGUAAGCAGCAUGGGUCAGGAGAUUGCUCGAGCCAAGUCCUCCACACGGCGCGGUCAAUCGAAUCCACUGUUCAAGGAAACGUUCAUCUUUCAGGUGGCACUGUUCCAACUGAACGACGUAACGCUGAUCGUGUCAGUGUACGCCAAGCGCAACAUGAAGCGCAACGAGAUGGUUGGUUGGUUUAGCAUGGGGCUCAACUCGAGCGGACCGGAGGAAAUGAUACACUGGAACGAGAUGCGCGAAUCGAGCUCCCGAUCCGAGCUGAUCACCCGCUGGCACGUUCUGGUCGAUUCCUGAUUUUAAUCCACUCCCUUACGAACGACGCCACGCGCACAACACUCGCCUAAUCGCACGGCGGCGCCGGCCGGAGGGAACACGAAUUGGUUUUUGAAUUUGCAACACGCUCAAUGAAACGAAGCGUAAGAAGAAACAAAACAAACAAACAAACAAAUUGGACAAAAAAAUAUUGGAAAAGGCCUCCAGCAAGCCUAUUUUAUCUCAUUCUUUAAUAUUCAAUCCAAUUAUUGAUGUGAUGAACCUUGUCAAACGAUCGGUAUUUUUACUUUCUCCGUCGGAAAACAAAGUUUGCAUGGUAUUUAUUAAAAUGGUAAUAAG